UUGCAUAAUUAAGUCUCCGAGAGCUCUAGCUUCGGUUCUGCUCAAUGUGGAUCCUACAUAUAUGCUCCGAUUGAGCUUACCACAACAGCAACUUCGGGGGAAGACCGGAGAUAAAUCUGUGGCAGACACGCUGCGGCAUUUGAAGAGAUUCGAGAACUUGAACAUGUUGGAUUUGGGUGGCCAAGUGAGACACGAAUCAGAAUUGGACGCAGUCAAGGAUGUCCUCGUUCAUCUGAGAGGGCUCAGAGAGAUUGUUUUCGUCGACCUACUGUGA